AAAUUCAGCUAAACUUGUUUGCAAAAUAAUUAUUUUAUUUUCUUACAGAAGCCUGGUUAGACAAUCUAACGCAAGUCGGUCCAGGUUCAUAAAACCGCUCACGGCGUCAGGAAAGCUGCGAUAAGUGAAGCUGAACAUGGAGGACUCGAAGACGAAAGAUAAUCUUGUUAAGAUUUUCGAUCUCCUCAACUCCGCCGGUUACUUAGACGCCACAAAAUCUUAUGUACCUCCGGCGGAGAAGCUCGCCGGUGGCCUCGCAUGGUGCAUCGCUACUCUCAAUCCCUCUGUCCCUCCAUCCGACCCGAGGCGAGGGAGCGUGAUGUGCAGCGACGCGGUAGAAUGCAUUGAGGAAGCUUUAAGAUUAGUGGGAUGUCCUCACCCGCUUAAACCUUCACAUAUUCAUCAUCUUGACAGUGAAUUUAUUUUUCCUGUCAUACAAUGGCUCGUGGGUCGUGUUCAAUUGAAACACGACGAAGGUGGCAAUGAGGUUUUUCACUCUGAAAAUCCAGUUGGAGAGGAUGAGCAUACACAUCGGCAAUGCAAGCAGGAAGUUGCAAAAAUGAAAAAUUCAACGAAGAUCUUGCGUGGCAAUUUGGAUGAAAUGAAACUCCGAAAGAUGAAUGCUGUGAACAAAUUGAAGGAUCUACGAGAGAGAAUCAGCAAUAAGGGUGCUGAGACUGCAGUACAGAAGCUGGUCGUGUUGUUGAAGUCAUUGAAGGAUCUUGAAAGGCAGGAAAAUCAUUUUCUGUCUAAUCGUGAUGCUAAACAUUCAGAAAUUCAAGCUGAAAUAAGUGAAUUGGAGGGGAAAAUAGCAAAUGGCUGUGAUAGCAAGAUCCUCUUAGAUGGACUACGUCGUCAUUUAAGUGAAUCACUUGAAAACCUUGAUUCAGCAAAAAAGGAGCUUGCUACUAAAACGGGGGAUGUUGUAGCAAUAAAACGCCAGAUUGAUUACGUACCAUGCCAAUCAGAACUCAUCCAGUACGAACUUCGCUUUUCAGAACUUUAUGCUCUUAUCCAGGGAAGACAUAGCCAAACUCGUAAAUGCUAUGCCACUUACAAUGCUCUUUUGGAAAUUAAAGAAUUGAUGCUAAAGGAAACAUCCCUAUUGAAUUCAAUCAUUUUACAGUUUCAAGAGGCCUUUAGUAGCCCUGAUGGUCGUAUGAAACUUGUUAAAUCCAUGGAAGGAAUUGUCAAGGGCAGCCAGCAGAAGCUAGAAAAGGUUCAAAUAGGGCUUCGAGAAGAAGAGAGAAAUCUUGAUGAUGUUAAGGAGAGGUAUGCUGCAGCAGUUGGUGCUCAAAAGCGUUGCUAUUCUCUGAUGAAAGCGUUUCAGAUUUUUGCAGGAAGAAAUCUCCAAGGAGGAGAAACUUGGGCGUCGAAUCCCAAUUAGAGAGUAGAGAUUGUUGACAUUCUUGUUUGGUCAAAGUGCCCAAAUACUGUUCACAGGGUCAAAGAUAACAAUGCUUCCGUGUUGAGCACGGAAAAAGAUAGAGCUUGGAAAAUUGGAAUUUUUGCUGCUUCAAGUUGCGGCGUUCUCCGUCGUCUUCAAGUCCUGCUUUCUUUUUCGAUGACAUGUGAUUGAAUGAGUUGCUUCUCUGUUCUCUAUAUUCUCACAUUCUCUGUAAAAUUUAGCUUCUCGUUUUCUCUUGCGUGAGUAGUAUUUCAAUAAGGUGCACCAUCCGUGUUUUGUAAAUAAUAUUAUUUGCUAUAAAUUUUAUGUCGAAUAUUGUAUUGAUGACGCACUUAGAGAAAGAAAUUGCGGCAUUUUGUUA